AUGCCACACCGCGGUGUGGCUGGCAUGAUGCCCGAACCGUCAGUAGGAACAGGGAGCAGUACGAGGGCUGGCGGCACGGAGGGACCGGCGGAGGAAGGAACCGAUGGUAGUGCCAGGAUCGGUACUGAUGGUGGCGCGGACAUGGGUGGGGCGGACGAAGCGCUGUUCACGGCGUCCGAGGCGACACCCCUGCCUCAAAGGGGCAAGCGGAAGGGUGACGAGCUAACUCCUCCGGAGGUAAGGCCACCCUCUGACGAAGAGCUCUUCAAGCCCGUCAGAGGCGGUGCUAAGACAGGGGUAGGACAUCGUGGGCUAGGUCAUUCUGCGGACGUGGCGUCCAGUACAGACGACGAGGCUCCGGACGCCAAGGGAUCAGGGGAGGAGGCAGAAGUGCGGGAGUCGCACGGACUUCGGCCUAAGGGGAAAAAGCGGCGCAAAGCCACAUCCCAUGGCAGCGCGCUUCUGAGAGAGGACUCGGGGGCGAUCGACGCGGGGUCUGAGGGCAGCUGGCAAGGGCCGCUCACUAGGGGAAGGGGGGUCUUGAGCCCCUUGACGUUAGCACCGGUGCCGCGACCUGCAGGGUCAAUAACGCAGAGGACGGCCACGCUUAGCGGGGAGGAGUCCCCAGAUGGGAUCGGCCUCGCUGAGCACCGAAUGAAAACGGCAGCAGACCUGGGUGCGCAGAUCAGGGACUGGUUGGAUGAGAUUGAGGGCAUAAGGAUGCGCUGCAAAUCUCUUCAAGGGCGGCUGAGCGGCGACAUCAAAAAGAGAGUCGCCUGGGCGAAAGAAGCACUGCUGACGCUCACAGCCAAGGCAGAGGCAUCUGGGGACCCGGAUUAUAUGCGAGCGCGCAUGGUGGAGCAGGCUGCGCAGCUACAAGUGGCGCACAGAGAAAGGGACGAGGCCAGGCGGGAGCUGGCGGAGGUUAGAAGGGAGCUCGAAAGGGCUAGGGGGCAGGCCGUGGAUCGGAACGUGACGACCUUUGCGAGUGUCACUAGAGGAACGGUAGCUGAGAGAGCAGUCGUGCAUACGGGGCCGGAAUCCCGAGGGCGUGCCUUCCCUCCCCUCAACCUGAGGGUGACAACGGAGGGAUCCGGGCUGGAAACCGAGCCCCCGACGCCGGCCACCGGCGGCACGUCGGCAUCGGAACCCCGCCUAACCGCGGCGGAACUCGAGCUCCUGCCAGUGAGCGCAAGGGCUAGGGAGGAGGCCAUCGAAAGACAGCUCUCCGCGAUCCGGGAGGUAUGGGUAGGACUCGAGAAGGUGUCCGCGCGGCUACAGCGCCUGGAAGGCGGGAGUAGGGGGAAGAACCCCCGACAGCCUCGGGCCGAACCCGAACCCCUUGCGGAGGGGGGUGAGGCUAGGGCGGUGCUCGGGGCGGACCGAGCACCAGCCUCCAACGGAGGGCGUUAUGCACGGGAGUACAGCAGUACCCAGGAAGCGGCGACCCCCAGCGUCAGUGGAACGGCAGCCCAGGCAGACGGAGAUCCUGAGAAGGAGCGCCGCAGGAGCAAGAAGGAGACCAGCAGAACGGCCACUGGAGGAGAGAGAGCCACGGCUGACGCCGGGAACCCCAAACAGGGUGCAAGCGGGAAAGCCGGGGUGCCACCGAGGAACGGUGACGCCAGUACAGGGGGACCUAAGGCGCCCAGAACGGCGGCAGUCGCCAUAACCGGGUUGACAGGGGAAAUCCCAUACGGGGACAUCCUGAGGAAGGCCCGGCAAAGGCUAGAGCGCGACCAAGUGGACAUCCCGUACACAAAAGUUCGGAGAGCUGCGAACGGAGGGGUCCUGCUGGAGAUUUCCGGUCCGGCCAAGGCUCAAAGGGCCGACGAACUAGCAGCACAGCUGGAUAAGGCGGUCCGAGAGGAAUUUGGCGACAAGGUACGUGUCACCAGGCCCACCCGUAAGGCCGAAUUGCGGGUCAAAGACCUGGACGACUCGGCCACAGUGGAAGAGGUCCAACAGGCCGUAGCCAGCGAAGGGGGGUGUAGACCACAAGAGGUCAAGGUUGGGCCACUCCGCCAGAUGGCGAACGGCCUUCUUAGUGCGUGGGUACAGUGCCCAGUUGAGGCGGCCACUACGGUGACCCGCGGAGGAAGGAUUCGCGUUGGAUGGGCAAGAGCAAGGGUAGAACUGCUUGAGGUCCGCCCAACGCAGUGCUUCCGGUGCUGGGGCUUCGGCCACAUCGGGGCAUCGUGCCGGGCAGCGGCGCCACGCAGCAGGGCAUGUUUUAGGUGCGGUAUCGAGGGCCACCAGGCUCGAGCCUGUACGGCGCCCCCGAGGUGCGUGAUCUGCGCCGAGGGAGGCAGGGACAGCGCACACAGGAUGGCGUCCGGGCAAUGCCCGGCAGCGAGGGAACGGGAUCGGAGCUGGCGGGCCCGGGACCUGCUGGCGCAGUUCGCGGCGGAGGCGGGAGUGGACAUCUGCCUCAUCUCGGAGCCACCUCUGGCCCCGGAUACACCGCGCUGGGUUAGCAGCGCCGACAGACGGGCGGCGAUAAGCUGGGGGGCAGGAGAGUGCAGACAGGGGUGCCGGCCCGGCAGAAGAGGGCGAGUAUUCGUAUCGGUCACAUAUGGGGAGAUGACAGUGAUCUCGGUGUAUAUCUCCCCCAAUGUAUCAAGAGAGGAGUUCACAGCCUCCCUCGACGAACUAGGGCAGGCCGUGCGCUCGGCGAGUAGUGAUCGAGGGGUGCUGGUGGGCGGGGAUUUCAAUGCCCGCUCAGCAGCAUGGGACCCCACGGGCAGGAACAACAGGGGAGAGCAGCUCGAGAUCUGGGCGGCAUCCUUGGGGCUGUGCCUCCUGAACGACGGGGCCACGCCGACGUGCGUCAGACCCCAGGGCUGCUCGGUGGUGGACACCACUUGGGCCUCGCCUGGGCUGGCAGCUCGCGUUACAGGAUGGCGGGUGCUAACAAACGUGGAGAAUCUGUCAGACCACAGAUAUAUAGUCUGCGAGGUGACGGACCAGGCCCAGGCAUAUGCACCCCCCGCUGAAGGGGUAGUGGGACGGCGCUGGAACUAUAACCAGUUCGAGCCAAGUAAGUUCAGCGAAGCCCUGGAACUGCACCUGGCAUGGGGACCAACGGGUGCCGAAAAGAACACGGCGGAAGGACUGGCCAAGUGGAUCGGUCAGGCAGUGAGGGACGCCUGCGAUGCAGCAGCACCCAGAGUCCGACCUCGCCCCCGGAGGCGAGCGGUCCACUGGUGGUCCGAAGAAAUCGCAGAGCUACGUAAGGCCUGCGUUCGGGCGAGGCGACUCCGGUCAAGGACCAACCCCGCCCGUAGGGCGGACUCACCAAGGGAUGACGAAUACAAGGCCGCGAAAAAGAGACUGAAGGAUGGAAUCAAGGCGGCGAAGGCCCGCGCCUGGCAGGACCUUGUCAAGACGGUUGAGGAGGACCCUUGGGGAAGGCCCUACAAGGUCGUCCUCAACAAGCUACGUGGACCGUCCGGCAGCCUCACCGAGACACUGAACCCGGAUACAACCGAGCGGCUACUGACCUCCCUCUUCCCACAAGGCCCACAAAGGCCCCCGCGGGACCGCGGCGAGCAAGGGGCAGCGGGGGAGGGGGGGCACGAGGACGAAGAAGCCUGGAGGGAGGAGUGGGCGGUUAGCCUGGAGGAAGUCCGGGUGGCCCUCAAGAAGGGUGGGGAAAAGAGCACGGCUCCGGGGUGGGACGGCGUGAAAGGCAGAGUCUGGGCGGGGGUCCCGGACCCUUUGUUAGGGCUCAUAGCGGAAUGCUACACCCGCUGCCUUUGCGAGGGCAAGUUCCCACGAGAGUGGAAGACGGCGCGCUUAGUGCUGAUCCCUAAGGGAGGAGAAGUAGCGGGAGCUGCGCUUCCGAAGGUCAGGCCCAUUUGCCUGCUGAAUGAGCUCGGCAAGGGCCUGGAAAGGGUCCUGGCGGGCCGUCUGAAGGAUUGGGUGCGUACCAACCACGAGGCUGGACUGGCGGAUGGCCAAUUCGGCUUCCGGGAAGGACGGGCGACAAGCGAUGCCCUGCUGCGGGUGCGGGACUUUGCGAAAAACGCGUUGGCGAGGGGCGACACGGCAAUUGCCGUUUCGCUGGACAUCGCCAACGCGUUCAACAGCGUUCCGUGGGAGACGAUUAGGGCAGCCCUGCGCAGAAAGGGUAUCCCGGGGUAUUUACGCAGGAUCGUGGGGUCCUACCUCAGCUCACGCGAGGUGGUGUACCCUGCACCGGGAGGAGCGAUGGGACGAUGGCAGGUGUCCGCUGGGGUUCCCCAGGGGUCGGUGCUGGGCCCACUCCUGUGGAACCUCAGCUUUGACGGGGUGUUACGGGUCCACAGAGAGCAGGGGUGUGACAUAAUCUGCUAUGCGGAUGACACCCUUGUCCUCAGUUCAGCGGCGAAAAUAGCUGACGCGAUUAUCCUUGCGAACGUGCAGGUCACCACGGUGGUGCGGCACAUACGGCGAAUGGGGCUGACGGUCUCGGCUGCAAAAACCCAGGCGAUGGCAUUUGGUGGGGGCCGCAGACGACCCAGCGGGGGGGCACCGUGCCUGAGGGUAGAGGGUGAGCUGGUAGAACUGGGAAGGUCAAUCAGAUAUCUAGGGGUCACACUAGACGGAAAGUUGACUUUUCAGGACCACUUCGACGAAGUGGAAACCAAGGUGGCGAGGCUGACGAGAGCCCUGUUUAGACUGAUGCCCAACCUGGGGGGCCCUACGGAACCCAGAAGGCGUUUAUACGCCAGUGUAUUGCACUCAGUAGUGCUGUACGGUGCGCCGGUCUGGGGCGACGAAGCCAUCUCUAGGCGGGCGGAGCGGACGCUGCAGCGUAUCCAGCGCGCUAUCAAUAUAAGGGUGGCAGCGGCGUACCGUACGGUGUCGCUAGUGGCGGGGUCCCUACUCGUAAGGGCCCCACCGCUGGCCCUGGUGGCACGGGCACGGGCUCGAACUUUUACCCGCUUGAGGGAGCGACAGAAUGCGGGGGAAGUCGUCGACGAGGGGGUGAGGCUGACCAUGGCAGCGGAGGAAAGACGAGCGGUGCACGCGCAAUGGAGGGAGGACCUAAAUAGGCCGGGACUGCCAAGCGGCCCACUAAGGGAAGCAAUCCAGGGGUCCUGGGAGGGGUGGUUCGCCAGGAAACACGGGGCCAUGACGUUCCGGCUCUCGCAAAUCCUGACGGGCCACGGAUGUUUCGAGGGGUUCCUACAUAGGAUUGGUAGGGCAACGGACCCCUCGUGCAAGCACUGCGGGGGGGAAAUUGACUCGGUAGAACACACAGUAGCGGAGUGUCCAGCAUGGAAAGCGGAGCGGGAAGAGCUACAGAGCGCGAUCGGGCUGGGGUUAGGUUUGGGGGACCUGGUCCAUGCGAUGGCCCGGGACAAACAGGGGUGGGCGGCUGUGGCUAAGUUUGCGGAAAGGGUCAUGACGGCCAAAGAGGUGGCGGAGCGCGAGCGCCAACAGCAAGGGGCGCAAGCAGCAGAACAGCUGUCAAGCGAUACUGCCUCCGGAGGCUGA